AUCACACUGAGUCUUCAGAAGCUCCAGGCGAGAAGCGUCUUGCAUGCAAGUAACGCGGUGCACAAUCUUACAUUUUGGUAAUUUGGCGGGAGCAGUUUUGCAACAUGUCUCGCAUCGUGUCUCUCGGUAUCUUCAUUAUGCUGUGCUCUCUGAUGUAUGCUAUGAAGUGCGAAGAAGGUGGGUAGAUUUUUCAAUCAGUAUAAGGAGAAAAUUUUUUUUUUUUAAAUUUUAUAAUGUGUUGGAAGCUGGAAUAAACAAAACAAUUCAUUGCGAGUGUUCUAUUGUGACCAUUACAAAAUUUCCAAGGUUUUCAAAAUGUUCUACUUUCUUAUAGGAGAGUAAAAUGUUUAUAAAGCUAUUAUGAGGAGAAGUUAAUCGUCAAAGACAGGUGGGAUCUACCUCACGCAAAUUUUUUUAAGCAGGCGGUUGGGAUGAAAGGAUCAUGAAUUUUAGGCUAUAAGUUCGGCACAAAUUCGUGUUACACUCUCUUUAAUUUGUUAGUAUGCUUUGACGCUGAAGAAAAAACUCCGUAAGUGCCGUUAUUUUCAUGAGUAUGACUAUGAAUUUAGAGAGCUAAAGUGAAGCUUAAUCAUCCAUUUUUCUCUCAGCAUAUUUACACAACGAAAUAAAUAAGUAGAAAUUUCAAAAACUUCCCCGAAAGUCUAAUUAGUCCUUUAACUGUGGCUUUAAAAAUGAUUAUCGAUUAGCAUCAGAAGCAAAUAUGUAGAAUCGUAAAAACGGUCGAAAUGUCGACACAACCUUUUUAUCGCGUGAACUUCCGUCGAAUACACCUCAAUCUAAAUUUGGAGAUAGUUCCUUCUGAAAGAAAUUUAAUCGUUUUAUGGCUUCAAAUUCACGGGUAAGGGAUUAGCUUCGAUAAAACAACGUAAUUUCCUUUAGUUAUCUAAAGACUGGAAUUCAAAAGGAACACAAUCAUCUCGAAAGAAAUAACCGAAUUUAGUUUUGUCUCAUCUUUUUAUCAUCAUUAUCUGUAUUCUACACUGACAUAAUAACUUGGAAAAACACCGGGACUUUCAUGAAAGCUGCCCACUAAAAUUUGCUCCAAUCUAAAUCCUAGAUCCUAAAUUGUUCGUCUCGAUACUAACUUUUCGUGUUUUGAAAUAUCAAUUCUUCAACAAAAUUUGCAUCUUUCCCCUUUGACAGGUACAGAACUGAAAUAUCACCUAUCAAUUAUUUAUUUUUACAAAAAGAAUACACUUAUGCCUUAAUUGAAAUCAGCCCCAUGUCAAAAGUUUGGUGACUUCUGCGAAGUAGUUGAAAACAGGAGCUUAAAUUAUACCAUAACUCAUCAGAUACAAAAGGCAACGCUUUAAGGACAAACGUGAAAAUUAUAAAAUGAAACGAAACUUUUUCAAGGCAACGUCUGUCGCAAUCCUGCUUGUUUAAGUCUCUGAAAAUAAAAAAAAAGAAAAAAGAAAACAUAACACAACAAAACUAUAAAUUUCUCCCCCUAAACAUAUCAAUAAACUGUUUCAAUGUGAUAAGUUUCGAUAUUUAUUUGAAAAGAAGACAAAACAGAAAGCUUUAAGCCUCUCCUGGGAAACCAUACAAGUAACACCUGCAGCCACUUCCAAAACAACACACUGCAUAGUGGUACGUACAACACAAUCUAAGAGCAGCGAACCUAGUGAGAAUUUCGCAAUUCGAAAGAAGUGCCCUAGAAAGCUCGACUAUCUUAUAUUCGAGAUCCUCCUUAUGAAAAAGAAAAGACCAGACAUUAACCUUACAGAACAUUACUCAAUAUCGUAGUAUUCAGUCAUGGCUUGUAGUUUGAUUGAUUCUAGGUUAACUUUACAAAUUCAUGUAAGACCAUAAAGUCUAGGGAGGGCCAUCCACCCUCGUUAAGUUUAGGCAACGACAUGAUUUCGAGUGCAAUUUGGUGUAAAUAAGCACGAGUAUAUAUUUUUCAAAGACAACAAAAUUGCACGAGCCCGUAGGGCAAGUGCAAUUUGUAGUCUGAAAAAUUUACAUGUACUUAUUACAAAAAAAUUGCUGGGGGAAUCAUGUUAUUACUUGUUAUAAUGUACAUGAAAAAAACAUCGCAGGAGGUGAAGACAGACGAAAUUUUGAAAGCGUGCGCGCGCUUAUUUUGCCCUGGUGUUACGACUUUGGACCCGCGUUAUGACUUUGCACUCGUGUUACACGAGAAUGCACUCGUUUUCAGCUAAUCAGAAGCGUAUAAUUUUUUCGUGUACAUUAUUAAUAAAGUUAUUUAUUUAUAACACUUACCCAGACUCCAUUCGGGCGAAAUUAUUUAUAUGAAUACAAAGCACACUUUUAAGCUUUGUUCUCAUUAAAGAAAUCAUUUAUGUACCUUAACAUUUCUAUAUAUAUUUACAUAUAGUACAUCAAUUAUGCCAAUCCCUUUCAAUUUUGACAAUAAUAACAGGAUGUAAUCGAAACCUCAUGCUAUGGUUUUUUCUUUGAUUUAAAUACGUACACUUUCUGUAUGACGUUGACUGCAGUUUCCUUUACCAAUUUCUCUACCUCCAUCCCUCCCCUAUUAUUUACCUUUACUACUAGAUCCGGUGUCUUUGUCAAAUAGAGCAUUCCCUUGUAACCAGUGGUAUUAUGUUCUUCCUAUCGGAAAAUAUCAUUCUUUUCUACAGAACAAUGUCGUCAAUUGGAGUUCAGUGCUGCCCUUGCAUUUAGAGGAAAACGGCUGCUUAACCACAAGAUAACAGAAGUUGACAACGUCGCAAGGGACUUCUGUGGAGCAUUGUGUUUUAUGGAACCCAACUGUAUCAGCUAUAAUAUAUUAGUAUCCAAUGAUUAUCCCUCGAUCACCAAAUGCGAGAUGAAUAACGCUACACAUUUUGAACAUCCGAGUGAUCUGGUGUCAUUUCCAAACAGCACUUAUCGUGGAUCCAAGGUGUGUUUAUAGCUGCAAUGAUUAGGAUAACAGAGGUCUUCUUUCGGCCAAUCCGCAUGUCUUUGUGACAAUUCAUUUUUUUACUGGUUUAUUCACAUCUUUUUAAUUUUGACUGUAAAUAUAUAAAAACCAUAUAUGUGAACUGCGGUUAAAGAAAAAAAUUUGAAAGCGAUCUUCGCUUUAAUGAACCUACUUAAACUGUAGUGAAAAUAAGGCCUGAAAAAAAUUCAGGCUUUUACGGAAUUUGAACCCAUGACCUUCGCGAUAUCGGUGCAGCGCUCUACCAACUGAGCUCACAAGCCAACUGGGAGCUGGUCCGGAGUUCAUAUAUAUGAUUUUCAUAUAUUUACAGUCAUUUAUUAUUCCCCUCACGGGUUUAUUUGAAACCAACAUAAUGACCAGCUCCCAGUUGGCAUACACGGCUGUUAGGUGAAGUGCUUUCAAUUAACAUUGUUUGCAAUUAACGCGAUUGGUUCUGAGACGUAGCUUACAAAAUAACGCUUAUCGUUAUCUCACCGAAGUUUCGAUAUUUACCGAACGUCAAAGAUAUAAUUAUAAGCAUGAGUCAAUUGCAACCUUGAUUGAAUUCGAUUGCCCUUUGAAUAUAGAGAGUAUGGUAUUAGAAAACGCAGUUUGAGCGCCGGAUGAAAAAAACACAAGUUUUGGGCUGCUGUAAUUUUAAUUGCUAAUCUACGAAUUUAUUUCAAUUAUUUGCCUUUCCUUCAUUAGCUUUUAAUCACUUGUGACCGAUUUAUUCACAAAGCAAGUACAUGUAUAUUUAAUUUAUUUGAUUGUAAAAAAAGCAUGCAAUAUUAAAGUUUUCUGGAAGUAUUGCCAACAAUUGAUGAUCAUUUUAAACCGCUCUCGUUGUUUCAUUUAUCCGCCCUAAGAAUGACUAUUUCAAUGUAUUCCUUACCCUUCCCUUCCCGCCUUGUAAUUGCGUAGAUAAGCCUUGACUUGUCCUUUUUUGCUUCUUUGUAAAGAACGCUUGCAUAAAGAAGCCAUGCCCGAGUAAUGCGAUCUGCCAGGCCGGUUUUUCCAGUGAGGGGUAUAGAUGUGUCUGCGUACCGGGUUACACAGGUGAAGAUUGCACAAAAGGUGAGGCAGAUAUACGUGUUCAAUAUCUAAGUAUUAGUAGUCACUUAACGAUUAGGAAAGUCGGUGACCAUUGUUUUAAAUAAAUUAUUUAGUACUCUCCUCAUGCACUUUUUCUAUUUUUCAUUGAUGAUGAAGAAAGAGCAGCGGUGAACUAUGAGAGAAAACUAGGGAAGGAAGUAUUGGGGGAAGUAGGAAGGGGGGGGGUAGGUCGAAAGGCGUUUAUCCGGAGAAGGAUAUCCUUAUUGCCGCUUCUAGCAAUGGAGAACGCGAUGAACCCUCUCUACAAUGCAACCCUGCCAGUAGCUCGAUGCGUUUACCGUUCUUGACGGUGCGACUUCUUUCAAAGAGUGACUUUAUUGGUUAGAGGACGUUAAAGUAAGUGAUUUCAAGAUUUUGUUCUGUAUGAGGUGGCUAAGAAAGGUACAAAUUCUUAUAACGCACGUGCUGCACAGUUGCUUUGCUUAUUAGAUCUUUUGUUUCGCUACGUCUUCUUUACUGUCGUCGUCAAGGUUUUCUUUAAGUCCCUAAUAAAUAAAAGAUACGCAGACCCUGACUCAUUUUGUACUGUGCUUCAUUAGAAGUCUGUGGUCUCGAAAUCUCUGUAAUUAAAUUUCUACAUGAUCCUUUCUUUAAGACGUUGAUGAGUGUGGUCUGGGAGAAAACAAAUGUGAUUCAAAUGCUGAAUGUAUAAAUACCCGUGGAUCCUACUACUGCAAAUGUAAAGAAGGAUUCACAGGAGAUGGCAUAACGUGCAAAGGUAAGUGUUGACUGAUGAUCACCAAAUAAGAAAAACAUUAUCCAUCAGCUAUUCUACAUGCAGGCCCCGCCUCAUUCCUGCCGUAACACAAGAAGGUCUAUAAGCCCUAUUCCUCAACUUUUAACUGCUUGUGCAUGUGGCAUUUAUUUUAUGGUUUAAAUGAAGGUUAGAAAUGAAGGGGAGAUGUUUAGAAGCCCAUGUAAUCUUUUGAUGUCACCCAUUCCUCCAGACCUCUUAAGAAUGUCCUUGUGUUACUUUCAGAUAUUGACGAGUGUAAAUUGGUUGAUAAUAACUGCACCAUGGGUGGUGCCGAUUGCACAAACACUGUAGGGUCAUUCAACUGCACCUGUCAGACUCGAUAUUUCUGGAAUGGCAUAAAAUGCGAAGGUCUGUUUACUCUAGUAUUAUUUAGCCCCAUGUGAACGCCGUUUCAAGGAGUCUUUCUCACUAUUUUUCUGUCUGUUUCUUCAUCUUUUCUCUCUUUCUCUUGGUCCGAUGCUUUCUCUGUCAUAAUACCUAUUAUUAGACUGUUUGUCUUUUUGUUUGUCUGUCUGAUUAUCAUUCAUUUUGUUCGUCUGUUUAUUUUUCCAUCUGCUUGUAAUUCUUUCUUAACAUUAAAACGUAGAAAUCGGAUUUCAGUCUCAUUUUCAUUGUGUGAUAAGAGCAGUAACGAAAAUAAUUGACGAGGACAUGUUUUCCGACAAAGAGAUUAAUUUUUUUGAAUGUGAGCCUUGAUUUGAUCAGCGAUAUUAGUUGAUCCUGAGCUACUUCUGGCGGCAAUACUAACAAAAACUACCAAACAUGAGAGGCACUCAAAUGCCUAAUUUGUUAUUGAAAGGUGAUCAUGUUAGCUUAUUUAAGCCUUUUUGAGGUGAACCCUUAGCUUUGAAUUCAAAUUCCUAGUUCCUCUAAACGUCCUCUCUUUAGUUCGAAACUGUCAUCGCCCAAAUAAAAAAAAUAUUAUACUUGUGCGUCAUUUGGAAAGAGAAACGAAAAUCAUAGGGAAGAAAUUUGUAGGUGGUAGGUAAGGAAAUGUAAUUGCAAAGUUGGUAGAAAUUUACCUGUUUUUUUCUAUUAAAGGUGCAUGGUAUACUUGUAAAGCAUUAAGAAUCUUUAACUGCAAUUAAUUAUUGAAAGUUCUAACUUUGAUAAACACGAUUAUCAUUAAUAUUUCCUCUUUGAAUUAUAUAUGAUUCUCUAGCCGAUGGUUGUUACAACUACACAAGUCUGACAGAGUCUAAGAGAAAAUAUGACUACAUAACAACCCUUAAUGAUAAUUUUUGUGACAUCAAUCUCAUUGAGGGAUGGUAUCGUUUUGUGGGAGGUGCUGGAACAAAAAUGCCAACAACGCGUGUGCCAGCAUACAGAUGUGGUACAACAUGGUCAGGUUGGUUGGAUGGUGUUCAUCCUACAGUGGAAGAUGGUGAAGUUCUCAGGGAUGUCUGCCAUAGCGAUCGUUCCACCGGUUGCAAACAUAGAGUAAAAAUUUCAGUUAAAAAUUGUGAAUCCUACUUUAUCUACAGACUGUUUAAAACACGAGGUUGUCCUAUGCGCUACUGUGGGACUGAUUAAACCAGGGGCUAAAUAGUUAAAAAAAACUUUAAGUUAAGGAUCUAUGACUUCCUUUGUAAACACAUCUGUUAUUUCAUAUUUGUGUAAAUUUUAAC